CACGAUAUGUCAGUUCUCUCGUGAUAGCCAUUCGCCAUUCGUGUCAGUAACUACCGAUUUUCAUCGACUUUCGUCAACCGGGCCGUCACCGAUCACCCAGAACAAUGGAGGUAGCAGUUAUAGUUGCCUUCGCGUUCCUCAGCAUGUACACGUUAUGCGAGGAAACGUAUGCUCUUCCCGAUGAUGUAAAAAUCAACAACACCAUGAAGGACAUAAAGGAGCCUAAAGAUAUCAAAGAAGCGGCGACCGCGUCGAAAGAUGUGAAAGAUGCCAUCAAAACGGCCAAGGAAGCGAAGAAGAAUAAGAAGGAUUGCGCGCGAGAGUGCGGGAUCGAGUAUGAUCCUGUUUGCGCUCACGAUCCUGUCGACUCCAGCUUAAAGCCUAAGACCUUCGGCACGCAGUGCGCUCUGGAUCUUUACAACUGCGAGAUGGGCAUGAAAUUGGCUGUCAAGAGCAAAGGCGAGUGCCCUGGAUCUGGCGGAGUAAGACUGUCCUAAACAAUCACUCGAUUCCGGAAAAGCACCAUGAAACACGAAGUAGACUAACCAUUAGAUGAUUAUUAUAAAUUUAUAGUUGGGAGUUAAAUACCUUAAUGUAUCGUGAUGUAACGAGAUUUUCUUCUUCUAACGACGAGAGAAUAGAGAUGGUGGUACGCAAGAAAACUAAAUAUAACUACGCGACAAAAUCUGACGAUAAAAUUGGCCGCUAAGCUGUACGCUAUGUACAAUGAAUAUACAAUGUAAGGCGUAUCUAUCCAAUAAAUAUUAAUGAUGAGCAACUAUU